GUAAGGACGCGUAGCAAAAACAAAAACCUCAUUCAACAUAUAAAGGCUCAUUCACAAAAAUCUCAUAUCACUGUGAGUCUAGACGCUGUUGCCGUCGAUCGGUUGCUGUCGGCGUGGCAUGUAUCCGUGUAGUUGACGACAGUCGUUUUUGAAAGCAUUUCAAAACUCUUUGUUAUGUACCAAAUAGCACUUUACUUUAAAGUCAUAUGAUCUCAAAGGCACAUUCACUGAAGGAUCUGGUUACAUGAUCUGGUGUCAAACCUUUGUCUUCUCAAUUUAAAUAACAAGGUUAUGCAUGUUUUAAAACUAAUUAGAUGUGUACUGAAUAGGCAUUUAUGUAAACGUUAUCAGAUGACAAUGUUUUCACAGAAAUUGACCACUGGGCCCACUUGCACAGAACAAUCUUAGUUACAAUCGAUCUUAGGCGGCUACAAUCAACUUUAUAAUCACCCUACAAUUGUCCUAUUCCACUUGCACAAACCGAUCUUAACGCGAUUGUAAGACGGCUUGGAUUUAAGAUCGCGAUCUUAACUAAGAUUGAAAUCUUCAAUGGUGGAGGUACAAAUAUCUUAAACUAGACUCCUGUCUAUGGUUGUCUGCAAACGCGCAAAUCUUGCUGCGCAUACAACGUGUAGAACCGGUUACGACAUACAACACGUACCUCCCUCCACGCACCUUGCACAGUUGAAAGGUCUCAACUAUUUGAAGGAAACUAUAAUUAGAAUGUUGGCAUAUAGAUUUAGUGACAUUCUUAUUAUGAAAGUAAAAAAAGAAAAUAAUAAUAGAUCUCUAUGUCCAAAUAACAUAACAGGUAAAUGUAUGAUCGUCAUCUAUUUGGGGGAGCUUUCCGUAAAAUCCUAAAUACAUGUAUAUCCUUCAUGUUUUAGUUUUGCCGCUAUUACAAAGGAUGUUAUGACAACCUUUUCAAAACACAAUAAGACGGGAGAUUUCAAGAAUGCAUGUACGGGAAAUAAGAAUAAUGUUUCAAGAAAGAAGUUGUUUAAUAUAUAUUCAUUUGGUAUUAAUUAUAUUUUUUAAAAAGUGUGAAUUUUACUUUUGCUAUUUAUGGGAUAUUUUACACAAAUUUCAAAUGUCUCAUCAUGUGUAUUUGCUUGUUUGAUGAAUAUUUGUAUUAGUUUCUUAUAAAUUCAGAUAUUACAACCGCUCGUGACUGUCCCACUCGAUUUUGGAUAUAAACGUAUGAUUUUGCACUUCAACUUGUGUUUACUUGUAGAUUAUUUAAUGAUAAACUAAAGACAAAAUAACUGACACGAAUGUGACCCAAAAGAUAUACAAGGGGAGCUCGGCGGUUCUACAACAUUAAUACACUAACUGGGCAAGGAAGAUUCUACGAUACUUAUACAAAGGGAAACCACUCCCAUCUAGAAUAUAAACUAUGAUUAGCUGCCCUUGAUUUAUCUUAAAGGUCACGGACGUUACAAAUCGCUUGCAGACGACUUAGGUUUUAUCCUUCCCUUGAUAAGCCUCAGCCACAAUGAACUCGAAUUACAAAACAUGUUUGUUUACAUGUCUGUCAAUGACAACCCUCUCUGCUGCAGUUUUCUAUUGGACAAUUAAUUCAGAUGUGGAUGUGUUCCAACUCAAAACUUUCAAUUCAACAAACGUUAACACGUCCAUAAGAAAAACGUCCAUUCUCGAGGUCUCUCAAAAGCAUCCCCUCGUACUUCAUAGACGAAAUGUGGUCAUCACUUCAGCAGAUUCUCCUAAUGCAACUAAACGCAUUGUGUGGAUGAACGUCCCACCCUGGUACAAGACAGCCAAAUCUUUCGCCCACUGUUAUGUUCGUUCAUGUGAAAUAAGUACAGACGAGGCACAUAUUUCAUCAGCUGAUGCUGUGGUUGUCAAUGGUGUUGGUUUGCCUUCAUCAAAACACCCAAACACGGACAUGAACCAGGUGUGGAUUAUGUAUGGAUGGGAAGCACCUCCUUACUAUCAUAGUAACACGAUUUUCCGUCCUGACUGGAAUGGUCGUUUUAACUGGACAUUGACGUACCGACUGGAUUCGUAUAUACCAUUUCCUUACAAUAGGAUAGUGUACACUGGUGUCAGUGUGAAUAUAAGUGAUGUUGUAAAACGGAAAAGCCGAUCUAUUGCUUGGUUUGUAAGCAACUGUCAUACACCCUCAAAGAGGGAAGUGUAUGUUCGAGAACUGCGGAAACAUAUUGAUGUCGACAUAUAUGGCGCCUGCAGAAAUAAUAAGAGUUAUGACUGCCCCAAAGGAAGGUCCUUCGAGUGUCUUGGACUGUUAAACACCACGUAUAGAUUUUACCUUUCGUUUGAAAAUUCCCUAUGUAAAGACUACAUCACAGAGAAGUUCUACCACACGUUCAGGACUUCAGCUAUACCCAUCGUUCGUGGAGGCGCUGACUAUGCACGUCUACUGCCAGAAGGAACCUUCAUCAACACAGCAUCAUUUGGCAGUCCCAAGAGUUUGGCGAACUAUAUUAAGUAUUUGGAGAGGAAUGAGACAGCUAUGGGGGCGAUUUUGGAAAAGAAGCUCAAGUAUGAAUACAUUAAUUCAGAAGGAACAGAUUUUGAUUGGAGGUGUCAGCUGUGUGCCAAGUUACAUUGUAAUACUACGAGAAAUUAUUACACAGAUAUGAAACAAUGGCUUAAGGACGGAAAAUGCAUUGAACAACCGAAAGAUCUGCCGUAGUGCUUUGGAAUGUAAAAGACUUGACAUAAUCUAUGUUGACGUUUGGAAUCGUGGUCACAGUGGUAGACCCAUGUUUAUUAUCCGUUACUAAUCUCUUUGUGAAUUUUCCAGAAAUCCUCCUCAACUAGCUCUAAAUGUCCUCUGGCAAUGUCAGUUAUUUUUCCCUUAAGAUAAGAAUUAAGAAACUUUGCCACCCAUCGAGCAGUUAUCUUAUUCAUCUGUAAAUGUUCAUGAAGAAUAGUUUCAGUGGAUCCAUGGCUUAGACCUGUGUCUUCCACAGCAAUACGUCUAUCUGACAGUAUAAGGUUUUCUAUCUCCUUGAGUGAAUCAUCAUUGAUGGAUGUUGAGUGACGUCAAGACCCAGGGUCAUCAUCAAGGCUUGUUCUCCAAUCCUUAAACAUAGCUAGCUGCCCAAUGUUUAACAGUGGAAUAGCUAUGGCACUUAUCCCAAUACACUUGUGACAUGUGGUCAUGAAUUUCUUGGGGAAUACUUUUCCCUAAAGCCAAAAAACUUGAUGACUGCUGGCUGCUCGUUUUUUCCAUUUAUGUGUCCGUUUGGACCCCUAUCACAUUCAACUGGCUGUCACUCAACAGACCAAAUACACUUGCAAUGAACUACUCAAGCAAUGUACUACAUUGACAAGUUCACUUUAUUAUGGCCCAUAGUUAAGAAAGUUAGUCAGGCUUUGAAAGUUUUUUAUUAGCCCUCGUAACAAUUGAAACCUAAUCAAUGAUACUUGAUUUCCUUAUAUAAUAUUUCACACUAUGUUCUUGAUUUCAUAUCUUAAAACGACAGGUUAUGAGCAAUUGCCCUUAAGACCUUAUACUUCAUUGUUUUUAACUUUUAACUAGGCCUUACAUACCUUGUCUUCUCUACCUUUAGCUACAGAUUUACCUCUCUGACUGUUUCCCCCUCCAUAUUGAAAAG